CAAUAAAGCUAAGCUAAGCUAAUUAUUAUACUUAUUUAUAAUAUGCCACCUUUCAGGAUAACAAUCCCCCAAAGUAUUUUACAAGCCGUUGUAAAGAAAAAUGCUAUAUAUAUUACUUAAUAACAACCUUCACACAAUGCAGUUGCUGUCCUAUGUAGAGAGAAUGAAAUUCAGGAUUUUAUUUUUUGUCAAGUUGAGUAAAACCAUGGGCCAAUACUUUUCUGAAGUAUUAUUUAUUGUUAUUAUUAUUUGUCAAAUUUAUUUGCCGCUUGUCUCACCUUGCAGCUAUUCUGAGAGGCUUCCAAUAAUAAGGCUCACAAUUUUCAUGGAAGAAAAUUAAAAAGGCAUAAAACAACCCAAAGUAGAAUAGAAUAAUAAAGUAAACAAUGACAAACAAACACAACAAGAAUACAUACAUCGGUAGGGUUAUUAAAAAGAAGGAUGAAUUCUUGUCCUGCCUUCAGGUGCUUUGGAGAAUAGCUUGACUCUUUCUUCUUUGGGGGAAUGCCUGAGAUGUUUUGGAUAUUGCUAUCAUGUCACCUCUAGUUAACUUCUGUUCAUUAAAUUAGACAUACCCAAUUCCAGCAAGCUUUCUUUAUAUGUUUUUGCCUCAGGUCUCCUAAUCAUCUUUGUGGCUUUUCUCUGUUUCUAGAAUCGCAACAUCUUUUUGACAUUGUGGAGACCAAAACUGAGCACAGGGAAUCAUGAUCCAGGGAAAGGCACAACUGGUGCACAAACCAGAGUUAAGCAAAAGCUCUCCUAGUCAUGCCUGCCUCUUCAAGCAGGACACUUGAGUCCAGAAGAACCCCUAGGUCGCAAACUGGGUCUGAACAGGAUAGUGCAAACCCAUCCAGAACUAAGGAUGACAAACAUUCAGAUCCUAAGGCUCCAUGCACCCAAAGCCACUCAGUUUUGCUUGGGUUCAGUCUAAGUCUGUUGUCCUUAAUCUAGAUCCCUAGAGCAUUCAUACAUCAUGAGAAGACAGACAGUAUCACUCAGAUUGACAUGCGCGGAGAUGGUUUUAUGUAGAUGUUAAACCAAGCCCUGACUUAAUCCAUUCACAACAAUCCUUUUGGAUCACAGUGCUCAAAAUAAAACAUCUAACUCAGGCAGCAGAUGUCUCUGAAAAGGAGAAAACUAUUUUGCAUACAUGAUGCCCUGUGCUUAAAAAGUGUGUCAAACAUCUUAUUUGUGUGAUUACUUUUAUUAGGUAUUUUUGUGAUGGGGUUGGGUUGCUAUAUACUUCAUCUGAUAGCAGACUCACUCUCCAAGUGACAGUGUAAGUAUUUUAAGGUGCUACUGAAAAUAGAAUACUUGGCAACAUGUAAGAUUAUUUAAGUUCUUGAAUCUGUUAUAAAUCUGAGGUUUAACAUUAAUUUUAUGUGAUUUUCUGUUUCUUUUCCUUUCUUUCCUGAUGUCCCUCAGGACAUUCAUUUAUCCAUUCUUCCAAAGAGGCAAACCUUUCCCAAUGAAGAUAAUGUUUUGUGGUACACUGUUCUGCAUCUAUAAUGGCUUCCUUCAAGGUUACUACAUGAUUUAUUGUGCUGAAUAUCCUGAUGAUUGGUGUAAAGACAUACGAUUUUUGUCAGGUCUUUUGCUGUUUUUGUCUGGCAUGGGAAUUAAUAUCUACAGUGAUUUUCUUCUACGUCAGCUAAGAAAGCCUGGAGAGUUCACUUACAAAAUUCCACAAGGAGGAUUGUUUGCAUAUGUUUCAGGAGCAAAUUUUCUUGGAGAAAUCCUGGAAUGGUUCGGGUAUGCUAUAGCAUCCUGGUCUCUACCUGCUUUAGCCUUUGCAUUUUUUACACUCUCCUGCAUUGGACCACGUGCUUAUCAUCACCAUAGGUAUUAUCUGAAGACAUUCACAGCCUAUCCAAAAUCAAGAAAAGCCUUGAUUCCUUUUAUAUUUUGAAGAACAGUUAUCCGAAUGGAUGGGUGUUAUCUGUUCUUUAUUGUUUACAUAUUUUUUUUAUUGUUGUUAAGUAUAACGUAUUAAAGACCCUUGAAUAAUUUCAUUUUGUGUAUAGAAUCCCUCUGGCUCUUAAAAGCAUGAAGAAUAGUCAGCAAAUAAUGAUCUCCUACUUGCAUUUCACAGGUUGGCAACUAGUGCUGCUUGUCUGAGAAAUUGGACGGUUGUCACUAUCUACUUUUCACAGAAAGUGAAAAUUAAGAAAAAAUCAGUUAAGGGGGAAAAGGGGCUUGUUAGCUAUAAGUUUAUUGCUCUAUUUCUUUGUUCUUUCUCAUAAAGACAAAGAAAACAUUCUAUAAAAAGUGAUACUCAGUUUCAAGCUAAGUAUAUAAAUGCAUCUUUCGUAUUUUUUCAAAUGAGUUAUGGUUGUAUAUAAUUAUUAUCAAAAAUGAAAUGUAACUCGCUCAGUUAUUUUAACAGGUAAUUUAACUGGUAAUCGUGUUUUUAUAAGUGUGAUCCAUGAGCUGAAUAUGACAUCAAAUAAAAAUCAGAUCUUUUGCAUGAAA